CUCUUCAUCAAAUCAUGCCAUGAGUCCUGAAAAUAACACAAUUCCCACUACUCAAUGUCCGCCUCAUCCGCCAUACGCACACUUGACUUUCAACACACUUUGGCUUUACCGAUGAGACUCUCUCAUAACUUUUUUAAUUUUGUCAAGCUCAUCUCGUGUUCGUUGGAAUACUCUCAGGGAGUCUCAAUGCCUGAUGAGCAGGAAAACAAGCCAUGCCAAACUUAGGCUGUUAUACACUUCUCACGAGAGACAUCUCUUUUAAUCUCGAAGCCUUCAUUUAUUAUAGCAAUCUCCCUUUACACAGCCCCCUGUCUGAUAUCUUGCAGAUCCAAAAAUGGCGGUGCUUGGGUCUUGGAAGUAUUGAGAACGUUACAGCAACUAGGGAUGUGUCAAGGAACGGGCCGGAUUGGAAGAACCAUACUCUGCUUUUUGUGAUCUAUUUCGUUUUUGGGACUUUAUUUCUUCCCAAUUCGAAAUUAUCCAGCAGAGUGCUAAUUGCACCACUCUUCUAAAACAGGACAAGUAGUAUACAAAGAAAAAUCUCCGUUGCACUUGAGCAUC